AUGGAAGAGGAAGAAGCUCCAGGGAGUGUCAAAGUAAUUUGUAGAUUCCGCCCUUUAAAUGACAAAGAAAAGCAAAUGAAUGAAGGAGUCAGCAUAAAUUUCUUAAUUCACCUUUUAUUUAAUACAGAACAAAAUCUAGAGAUUAUAAGGUAUCUAUAUGAUUUUAUUUUAAUUUUUUUGAAUCUAUUUUGAUUAUAUUACAAGAUCUAAAAUAUUUUCUAUUACUUAUAAAUAGAUUAUUUGCUUAAUUUAUAUUCUUAAAUAAAAAAAUACGAAACAAACCUUUUUAUAAAAUUUUAAAAAUAACCUGAUAAUAUGACAAAAUUGCUCACUAUAAAUUAUGGGAGGGUUUAGAAGACAACAAAACAGUUAUAGUGAAAUCAGACCCUACACUAAGAUUCACCUACGACUACGUUUUUACCCCAUUUUCUCUCCAGCAGCAAGUUUACGAUGCUUCUGCAAGCCCUAUUGUUGACGCAGUCAUGCAAGGAUUUAACGGUACUGUAUUUGCUUAUGGACAAACAUCUUCAGGAAAAACAUUCACUAUGACAGGUCCCGAUUUAUUUGAUCCUAACAUGAUGGGAAUUAUUCCUCGCAUGAUAGGAGACGUCUUUUCUAAAAUCCAAAACUCAAGCAGUAACUUAGAAUUUACUCUGAAGGUCGGAUAUUGCGAAAUUUAUAUGGAAAAAAUUAAGGACCUGUUAAAUGUAAAUAAAGUUAAUUUGAAGGUGCAUGAAGAUAGGACAAGAGGGGUUUAUAUUGAAGGGCUUACUGAGAAAUAUGCUUCUUCUAGUGAAGAAGUCUAUCAUCUAAUGAAAGUUGGGACUGAAAAUAGAGAAGUUGCCUAUACCAAUAUGAAUGCAGGGUCAUCUAGGUCACAUUCGAUUUUUAUAGUGACGAUCACUCAGACAAAUUCCAGUGAUUAUUCAGCUAAAGUGGGGAAACUUUAUUUAGUAGAUCUAGCUGGCUCAGAAAAAGUGGGAAAGACUGGAGCUGUAGGUAAAAGAUUGGAAGAAGCAAAAACUAUAAAUAAAUCUUUGACUAUGCUAGGACAAGUUAUAAAUGCAUUGACUGAUGGGAAAUCUACCCAUGUGCCAUACAGAGAUUCAAAGCUCACAAGAGUACUUCAAGAUUCAUUAGGAGGAAACUCAAAAACAGCUUUAAUUAUUACAUGCUCUCCUUCUCCAUAUAACGAAGCAGAAACUAUAAGUACCCUAAGAUUUGGGAUAAGGGCAAAAGCAAUUAAAAAUAAGCCAAAAAUUAACAGAGAAUAUACAGUGGCAGAGCUUAAACUUAUGCUUGCGAAAGCUAAAGAUGAAUUAGCAAAAAAGGAUAAAAUGAUUAAGGCUCUACAAAAUGCAUUAGGUAGCGGUCAGAUUCCUAUUCAAAUAGAUGAAGAUGCGGAAGAAGAAGAAGAAUUAAAUGAAAAUGAAGUCUCAAAAUUGUCAGAAUACGAUGAAGUUAUCCAAGAACUUGAAGAUUUAAGAUCAAAAUAUUCAGAAGAGUGUGAAAAAGCAAAGAAAUAUAAACAGCAGCUAACUGAAAAGACUAUAGACUAUGAAAAUUUAAAAUAUGAAUAUGAAGAAAUGAGUGGAAAUUUUAAAGAAAUCAAUGAAAAUUAUAAGCAAAUUCAAAAAGACUUGAAGAUGGUUAUUGAGGAUAAUGAAAAACUUAUUUUAUAUAGAGAUAUGCUUAAAAAUAAUUGCUCAGACUUAGAAACUAAAGUCCUUGAGCUUGAAAAGCAAAUAAUAUCUAUUUCGUGCUGAAUAUGCAUUUUUUAUUAAAAUUCAAAAAUUUCUUUUUAUUUAUGUACAAAUAAAUAUCUAAAAAUGUUGAAAUCGAGCAGGUAGAGUCACAUUUAAAAAACCAAAAAAUUUCUGAAUUGACAAGAGAGCUUCAAAAUGAGCAUUCUAAAAAUGGGGAAUUGCUCCUUUUAAUUGAACAAAUGCAAAAAGAGAUUGAAAUACAGCGAAAUAGCUCCCCUGAAGGAAAAUCAACCAAAAGUGAAACCGACAGCAAAAAAGUGAGUCACAAAAAAUGCAACGAAGAAAAGAAUUCAUUACCCUCGCAUCCUUGAUCAAACCACCUCAAUUAAUCAAAAAAUUUUUUUAGAAAAAAACUUAUUAACUUGAAAAAAAUUUUACAUAAAUAUUUUAUGCCUAGCCACAAAAAAUAAAGAUGCAAUAAGUUACCAAUAUAUGCUAGAAAUCGCAUUAGCAUUGCGUAGGUGAUAUUAUACGUUAUAAUAAUAUAAUAUAUAUGCUCAUCACACCAAAUUAGAUAGUUGGAUUUAAAACAGUGUAUGUUAAUUUGUUCGAUCAGAACAUGGCUAAAUUUUCCUGUUUUUAAAAAAUUUUCAAUGUGUUGCUUAGUAUGGGUGGAUAAGAGUUAAUAAAACACUUACAAAAUCGUUGUGAAAAAGUGAUUCAGCUUGAAGUUGCCUUAGAUGAAAUCCGAGACCGUUAUCAAACUUUAGAAAACUCUAUGAACUUUGAUAUUGACGCAAAAUCCAAAAUAGAAACUCUCGAAAAAAACUUGGAAUUUGUUUCUACUCUCCUUAAGCAAACUCAAAACGAGAAUAACGAUUUCAGAAUCACUAAUAAAAUCCACCAAAAUGACAUUGAAAGGUUCUCUGAAAAAUACUUAGAUUUAGAACUUAAACUUGCAGUACAAAAUGAGAAGAUUGACGAGUAUGAAAAUAUAAUAAAAGACCUCUGCAAGCAGCUUCAUGAUAAAUUUUCGACCCAAAAAUCGGUGCCUUCAAGUGGAAACUUUGUAAAGCCAAUAAAGGGUGGAUUAUCAUAA